CAAGCACAUAUCAAAGUAGAAAUAGAGGGUAAAAAAGAUGAUUCCCAGAAGAAGAAGAAAAAAGAAAAGAAAGAGCGAGGACACUUGUAUAAUACUGAGACGACAUUGUCGAACUUGCAAUAGCAACUGCAACAACAUGUUAGCUCUAACAAGUGCCACUGGAAAGCUGGGCGGCGCAGUCCUCAACGCUAUCCUCGAGCAUAAACUCAUUGAUCCAAAGGAGCUUGUAGUUUGUACCUCAACCGACCCCUCCUCCCCCCGCCUUUCCCACCUACACGCCCAUUCCCUCACAAUCCGGCACGCAGACUUCUCCGACCCAUCUUCCCUCCGCACCGCAUACAAAGGAUGCACCCGCCUCUUCCUCGUUUCCACACCCGCAAUCGCUAUGGACUACAACUCCGCACCCCUCUGGUCCGGUCGCGAAGCGCACCACCGCGCCGCCAUUGACGCGGCUGUCGCCGUAGGCGUUAGACACAUUUACUACACUUCGCUCGCUUUUGCGCGGCCCUCGCGGGCGGGCGUCAUGCGCGCGCAUAUUCGCACUGAAGAAUAUCUCGAAGACCUCCAGAAACGGGGUGUGGUGGAUUACACGGUGAUUCGCGAGGGGCUGUACAAUGAGAGCUGGCCGCUGUAUUUCGGGUAUUACUAUGGUCUUGGUGAGGAGAAGAGGAAGAAAGUAGUGGUUGCGGGGGAUGGGAGGGUGAGUUGGACGGCGAUUAAGGAUAUGGGGUUUGCGACUGCGAAGGUGCUGGCGGGGGAGCCGGGGAGGUGGUUGGGGAAGACGUUUUAUCUUAGUCAGAAGGAGACGAGGUCGUUGGGGGAUAUUGCGCGGUUGGUGGGGGAGAUUAGGGGGGAGGAGGUGAAGCUGCAGGUUGUGGAGAGGAAGGAGUAUGAGGAUUAUUAUGUGCAGGAGAUGGGGAUGGAGAGGGCGGCAGUGGAGUGGUGGAGUAGCACGUAUGAAGCGCUGGAGCAGGGGGAGUGCGCGAUUGAGGAUGAUACGCUCGAGGGGAUCUUGAGGGAGGCGGGGAGGACGCCAGUGCCGGUGGAGGUUACGAUUCGAGAGAUGAUGAAGUGAGGUGGCUAGUCUAGCUCUCCCUUGAACUUCUCAGUGCCCGACGAAACAGUCGAAUUCAUCGCGGUGAAGUAUCCGUGCUGGAUCCCAGCUUGCGAAACAGAGUAUCUGACCUAUGUACCGGCAGAAGCGGCGUCGCUUGCUUUCCUGCUCUUCUAUGCUUCGAGUUGCCAUG